UCCCCGGGGCCGGUCUAGGAAACCGGGAGGACCCUGCGCGUCAGUGGUCAAGGGACACAGUGGGUUUCGCGAGGUGCAUUGGGACAUUCCAGCCAGCCGACCCGCCCUGCCCGGCCAGGCGAAGAUGGGGUGAACGAGGGCGAGAACGGCAGACGGGAGAGCUGGGACGGGCAUGGGGGCGGGGGCCCGCCGGCCACCUGUUCCUCCCGCGAGUGCGGCUCGCGCGGAUUGGCCGCGGAGCGCCCGGCACCGGAAGUGGCCGGCGUGGGUCGCCCGUGACACCAGACAACAGCUGCGGUUCUGUGCGCGCCGCGGUGCAGCGCCCCGGGCCCGGCGGAGUGAGCGUGGGCGGCAUCCGCCAGCGGUCAGCAGCAGUCCGCCAUUGCCUCACUGGUGGGGCUGUCUUUGGGUCUUACCAAUGCCGUGUCCAGGCCCUGUGUCCCCACCUGCAAUGUCAUUUUGAUAGCACACAGAGCAGCCUCACAUGAGUACCCUCUCUCCUUUCAGGAUGUGACAUGGGGACUGAGAAAAAGGGGGUGCUUCCCAAGGAAGAAACUUCUGAAGACUCUGAGCCACAUGGGCCAACAGUAGAAAAGCUUGCACAGGAGGUUUGCCACGGCCAUGAGUUUGGAAAAGCAAGCGAGGAAGACAUAUCAGAGGGACAUUUGAGAGAGUCCUCGAAAGAGAUCAUAGGACAGAUGUUCCCUCAGGAGAGAGACUUUGCAUCCGGGUUACUCAUCUUCAAGGAGUCCUCCUCAGGUGAGAAAGACCGGAAAACCAGUGAGAGCCUGAGAGGCUUCAGCUGUAACCCGAGUGUACUGAUGUGCCAUGGAGGCGCUACGACUGAGAGGGCCAGCGCAUGUGCUGCCUCUGGCCACAACUUUCUGGGGAGUAUAGAGCUUACUAAAGCGCAGGAGACUCCUGUGGGAGAGAAACCUCACACGUGUAAAGAGUGCGGGAAAGCUUUUAAUCAGAACUCACACCUCAUCCAGCAUAUGAGAGUCCAUAGCGGAGAAAAACCCUUCGAAUGCAAAGAGUGUGGAAAGACCUUUGGGACCAACUCCAGCCUUCGAAGGCACCAGAGAAUUCAUGCCGGAGAGAAACCCUUUGCUUGCACUGAGUGUGGUAAGGCCUUCAUUCAGAGCUCACAUCUGAUCCACCAUCACAGAAUCCAUACUGGAGAAAGGCCUUACAAAUGUGAAGAGUGUGGGAAAGCCUUCAGUCAGAACUCAGCCCUUAUUCUGCAUCAGAGAAUCCACACUGGAGAGAAACCCUAUGAGUGUAAUGAGUGUGGGAAGACCUUCCGGGUUAGCUCACAGCUCAUCCAGCAUCAGAGAAUCCACACAGAGGAGAGGUACCACGAGUGCAGCGAGUGCGGCAAAGCCUUCAAGCACAGCUCUGGCCUCAUCAGACACCAGAAAAUCCACACGGGAGAAAAACCCUAUCUGUGUAACGAAUGCGGGAAAGGCUUUGGUCAGAGUUCGGAGCUUAUCCGCCAUCAAAGAAUCCACACGGGGGACAAGCCCUAUGAGUGCAGUGAAUGCGGGAAAACUUUUGGCCAGAACUCAGAAAUUAUUAGACAUAUCAGAAUUCAUACCGGGGAGAAGCCCUAUGUGUGCAAAGAAUGUGGGAAGGCCUUCAGGGGUAACUCGGAGCUCCUGAGACACGAGAGGAUUCACACUGGGGAGAAACCCUAUGAGUGCUUUGAGUGUGGGAAGGCUUUCAGGCGGACCUCUCAUCUGAUUGUCCACCAGAGGAUCCACACUGGGGAGAAGCCCCACCAGUGUAAUGAGUGCGCAAGAACCUUCUGGGACAGUGCUGAGCUGCUGCUCCACCAGAGAAUCCAUAUUGGAGAGAAGCCGUAUGAGUGUGGUGAAUGCGAGAAGACGUUCAGCCAGCACUCCCAGCUCACCAUCCACCAGAGAAUUCACACCGGAGAAAAGCCAUAUGAGUGUCAGGAGUGUCAGAAGGCCUUCAGUCGGAGUUCCCACCUCCUCCGGCACCAGAGCGUCCACUGUAGUGAGUGAUGUGGAGACCAGGAGGAGGUGGUGUGAGGAAGCUGGAGGCAGGCUUCUCCAUUGCUCUGUACCCGGGCCCUAGGAUCAGAUGAAGGGACAGGGCCUCCCCUGCCCAUCCGCUGAGAGUGUGCCAGUCAUCAGCUGAAAGUGAUGAGGCAGUUUUAUGAACUAUUUAUUGAGAAGUUUCAGUGUACUAAAUUAAAUCAUGAAAGUUGUCUCCGGCCUUAAUCUUCCUCUGGCCUUUCCUUCCCUCUGUCUGUCUCCACAGGGUUCUGUACACGUGUCUGGCCUAAAUGGUUGUUGUUCUUUAUGAAAAGUGGGGACAGGCUUCACCAUUCCUGAGAGCCAGCGGGUUGACAGGAAGGUGCACCCUCUCCUGCCCGCUGCUCAGCUUCGGAAUACUUCAGUUAACCUUCCCUUCCGCUUCUUUUUUUUAAGCCUCAAAAUCUCUCAGGCUUAGUGAUCAUAAUGAAAAGGCAGGAAGCUUGCAUCUUUUCACACCUCCUGAUAGAGUCCUUAUUUAUCUGAAGAGGUUUCUAUGAAAAGGAAAAAGUUUAUAGGAUAGGAACCGGAAGCCUGAAAACCCAGAGGGUGGAGAAACAGUGGAAGCCAGGCUACUGAGCAUGGGCAGAAGUGGCUUGUUAACAGCUAUCCUCGCUUCAGCGCUGUGUGCAGACUGCCCAGGCAGGCAGGCACCUGCUGCAUGCCCUUGGUCGCAGCUCCUGCUGUUGCAGCCGUUCUGUUAGAAAUAGCAAGCAGGACCCUGUGGCCUUUCUCUGCCAGACUGCUGGCCGUGGUGUGAGCUGGGUACCUGGCUAACCAGGCCCCGCCCUUCCAACCUUGAGCUCUCAUGACCACCCAGCUGGGGCUCUGGGUAACAGAUGGUAUGUGAAGCCUCUUUGGCUUGUCUGAUGGGCAUAGAAUUCUUUUUCAAUAUCUCUAGAAGUCUUCUGUGUCCUCCAUGUCUCACGACUCCACGUUUGGGGUAGGCAGUGGGAACAGCAAUGACACUAAAGAAAACCCAGGAGUCUGGGCUCUCACCUGAGAGCUGUCCCUUCAGGAAGGCCCUUCAGUCCCUGCUGUCAGGUUCUCUCAUCUGCAGCGCGAGGGGUGUUGCGUGUCAGCCAGCCUCUAAGGAAA